AUGAGCGCCCAGAAAGCCUUCGCGGGAGUGAGACGUCUCGGUAAGGAGGCGUACCAGUUUCAGUUUACCUCCGAAUUCGAGUACAUCGCGUUGGAAUGCAAGGGGACAUGGAGACCGACACUGCUGAAAGUCGUGUGGUUCAGAAACCAUCGCAAAGUGGAAUCCAUCCCCGUAAAAUGGGUCACUAGUGAAGACCGAGGACCCAAUGGAGCUUCGGGGAAGGCGAAGUUUAAACCGUCUUUCUCUGUGGGUCUUGUUGUCACCCUCUACAAGGGGAAGGGCAGAGACAGAUUUGAAGAAAAGGAGUACAAAUAUUACGUACAAGACCAAAGUGAAAAAGGGAAUAAAGUUCUGGCUUCGUUCACAAUCGACCUCAAAGAAUACACAAGCCCUCUGGAUAUGAAUGCAAGGGAUGCCUUGGAGAUGACUUUCCACAACGAAUCGCAUAAAGUCGAUCGGGUGGUUAUGGGGAUGACCCUCUCGUCUCAGCUACUCAAGAGGGGCAAAGGA